UCAGCUCUAGUUUUUUACUGCUCGAGUAAAUCUGUUUGACAAACAAGCAGCCCGUGAUCAAUGCGGUGCGGUGGCCUUCAGUCAAACAGCCCACUGUGGGAAAGAGAACGCAAAACUCAAUUUGUAACGCUGACUCACCGAACAAUUUUCACCGGACACAAAGACAUACAUACACUUGCAGGUUCCGCAGCUCAGUUCAAUCUCUCCCCUUAUGGCAUCCGUGCAGGCCCACUUCCUCCGGCCUUACCGAGCAGAUGCACCGCAUACUCGGAUGAGACGAGUUGAACUUUCACAAAGAAAAAGAAAACGCGCUGAAAAGAGCGAAGGCGAGGACGGGACAGCCAAUAAUGAGAACGCUGAGGAACGAAAAGGCAGAUUCAGGGAUACAGCGAGUGCCAGACACCCCCCCGGCGCCGCUGGACCCUCCCACCCCGCUAGUGGAUCUCCGGCAACCUCUCUGCGUGAGCUGCUCGCAGAACUCAAGAGCUUCGACGUCGAGAAGGACGCGGCCAUACUCGAGCAGGCCGGCUUCGAGUCCGCCGCGGAGCUGGGUCUGAUGGCCACAGGCUUGACUGAGCAGCAGAAGAUGGCCGUACUGUCGGGGGCGGUGGGGAACCAAGAAGGAGAGAAGAAACAGGUCAUGAAGCCGUGGAAGCUCGCGCGCCUCAGUCUGGCCAUCAGCGAGAUGACGAAACUGGUUUCGGUUGAUGAUUGAUACGGAUAGAGAGAUGUUGUGACGACGAGGGAAUGCGAACAGUGUGGGAAGAAGAUCCUCAAAAUUCUCGGCGAGUAGAAAAUUAGUUCAAUGGAGAGGAUCCGAUGCGUUUCAGUUUCCACCUAUCGUGCAUGAUGUAACGUAUUCUUCUCUUUAACUGGAUGCAUCGGGCCGUU